GUGACAGCAGUCUGAGCUGGAUCCUCUCUGACAGUCUGAACAUGUGUCUGCAGCCGAGGAGGAGGCCAUGAAACUGAGCUGCUGACUGCCUCAUAACCCGGUGGACUAACUCCUUUUCCAGGUUCCGGUCCCUACUAACUCGUCGGCUCCCGCUCUGACAACCGGAGAGGACCUUUAGUGAAGCUUUCUGCAGGCCCCUAACCCUAAAAAAAUGGCCACUGUUUCAAUCCCUGCCUGCACCAGCGCACUCUUGCUGGACAUUGAAGGCACAACCACACCUAUCACAUUUGUUAAGGAUAUCUUAUUUCCGUACAUCAGGGAACAUCUUGAAGAUUACCUGUCGACUCACUGGGAAGAAGACGAGUGCAAACAGGAUGUUCAUCUUCUAAAGAAACAGAUGGAAGAGGACAUGAAGCAGCACCGGGCGUGCCCCGUCCACGCUGUGGACCAGACGGUUCACACAGACGAGGAGAAGGCCAUUAGGGAAGUAAUGGAUAAUGUGCUGUGGCAGAUGGCUUCAGACAGGAAGUCCACAGCACUCAAACAACUGCAGGGUCACAUGUGGCGAGCAGCUUAUAGUGCGGGGAGAAUCAAAGGCGAGAUUUACCCGGACGUCGUUCCGUCUAUCAAGCGAUGGCGAGGAAAAGGCCUGAAAGUCUUCAUCUACUCGUCCGGCAGCGUCGAGGCUCAGAAACUUCUGUUUGGAUAUUCUGUGGAAGGAGACGUUUUAGAUUUAUUCGAUGGUCACUUUGACACCAGUAUAGGUGCAAAGGUCGACAGCAAAAGCUACGAAAGAAUUGCGGAGCGGAUCGGCUGCCAACCGGAGGAAAUCACAUUCCUGACAGACGUCACUCGAGAGGCGAAAGCGGCCGAGGACGUCGGCGUGAACGUGGCGUUGGUCGUCAGGCCCGGAAACAUGGAGCUGACGGACGAGGAGCGAGCUCACUACACCCUCAUCACGUCCUUUAACCAGCUGGAGCUGACGGGACGAGCUUAACGCCAACACACACCGGUGGAGGAAACGACAGCGAGAACUUCUCUGACUUAAUUUCAUAAAUAAUGACCCAUCCCGCCUCUUCUUUUACCUCUUCCUCCUCCUCCUUCCUCCUCUUCCCUCCUUCCUCCUUUUUUUAGCUUUAUCCACAUUGACGGUUUAAAAAAAAAAAAAAGGUGCAAGAAAGGAGAUGCAAACACGGCUGGAGGAAAUCCCCGUCAAUGCAUUUUUUCUUUUCAGGAUCACACAUCAAACAGGAAGUGGAAGCGGAAGCAGGAAGUACAAACAGAUCAUCACUCUCAUUCAAAAAUCCACAGCUGUUAAAAAACGAAGCUUCGAGCCCUGAAGGGAACUGCUGCACACAACACGUCGAUUUUUUUCUUUUUUAAUUUUUUUUUUUUUUUUGAAGUUAAGUCAAACUUUCCAGUCGUCGUGUGAACAUGUGUGCGAGUUAUUAUAAAUAUAUAUGUGUGUGUAUGUCACCUGUUUUUUGUAAAGAUGUCACAGUCACGCUCAUAGCAGACGUAAGAAGUUUUACUCUGUUGGUUAAAGCCGUUCGAACAGCGUAAUAAUAAUAAUGAUAAUGAUAAUAAUGUUUUUAGUGAAUAGAGCAACGAGUAUAGAAGCACUGAGCAGGAAGUUGUCAUUUCAUCAUCAUCGUUAUGUCUUAAUUAAUCUCUUCCUCCUCCUCCUCCUCCUCUUCCUCUCUCACAGGUAUAUCUAUUUAAAUGUGCCAUCCUCGUCGUUUAUCUGUAAUGUAGGUCAAUGAAAAGUUAAAAGGAAAAAAAAAGUUGCCAAAUUGAUGAUUUAUGUGUGGAGUAAAAUAACUGGUAUUAAUUCAGGAAAUGAUGAUCUUCCAAUAAAUGCCUUUUUGUCUCACUUAAAAGCUUCAAAUGUGCAAAAUGUUCAUGUUCCAUUAAAAUCUCCU